UUUGAAUGAGCGCGCAUUCGCAUUACCGUGCAUUUUUGCAUUUGAACCAACGUUGUCAACAAAUUCAAACCCAAAAUCAAAUGGAAUACACAAACAAAAACGGUUACAACAUGAAUUAGUCGCGUCGCGUUAAAUCACAAAUUUUCUUCUUUUCAGCUCAUCAGAUCCGGGACGGGGAUCGCACACGUAUUUUCGUCGAUUUUUUUCAACGAAACAACGAAAUUUCGAAGGAAAAAAUUGAAAUUUUAAUUUAAAAAUAACGGAAUUUUCAAAUUUUGUUCAAGAAAUUUCCGAUUAAAAAAAAAAAAAUAAUCGUAAAAAAUCGCAACGAAAGUUUUAUAAGUGAAGUGUUUUGAUCGCAUUAAUUUUGUUUAUAUUGAAUUCGUUUUGUUUUGUUCGCAUAUUACCUUUUUUUUUGUUGAAUUGCGUUUUUUUUUCUUUAAAUAUCAAUCGUUACUGUGCAUUUUUUUACUAACGAUUCAAGUGAAAGAGAAUAUAAAAAUUGGCUUUUGCUCAUUUAAUAUAAAAGAUUGAUUAAUACUUAAACGAAAGAAUUUUAAAAAGUGUUAAUCAUAUUGUUAAAUUGCUCCGAAAUAAGUGACGAAGAAUUUUUCAAGUAAUUUUACAUCCUGAUCACUGCUGAGAUAGCAAAAAGAUGUCAUUUUCGAAGGCAAAACUCAAACGGUUUAACGAAGUGAGCGACUCACCGUACAGCGAACGCAUGGAGCGUAAGGACAGCAUCCGACGCUUUUUGCGCGAACAAUUCCGUGACGACAAAAAGAAAGUGAAACAGGAAAAGGAAAGCAAAGAAAGCAAAGAGAAUAAGGAGAACAUUGCCAAUGCUGCAUCAUCUGCAUCCACCAGCUCAAAUUCAACCACCGCACCAGCCACCGAAGUUAAGGAAACCAACACGGAAACAAAGAGCAAAAGCAGCGCAUAUCGUCUGUUCAGAACGCCAUCGCUUCCACGUCGUUUGCGAUUCAAUCGUCAGCAUUCGGAUUUGACGCCAUCGAAGAAGGGAUCGAUCACCACGUUGAAGGAGAAGGAAAAGGAGGCAAUUGAUGUGGCAAAUGAGGAUAUCAAGGCAAAAUCGGAGCAAAUUGCCGAACAAACGGUGUUGAUUGCCAAUCUGCGUGAAGAAUUGACUCAGUUGAAGCAAGCAAAUUUGGAAAAGAACGAGUCAAUUGUCGAAAAGCAGCGUGAAAUCGAGGAUUUGCAAGAUGAAUUAAAGAAGAACGAAGAUGCUCACAAUCAAUUGAAGGCCAUGGAUGCCGAGCAUUUGGCAAAGAUCAAUGUACUUGAAGGUGAGAUCAAGACAAUCAUUCGUGAACAAGACGAAGAGAUGAGCAAAUUGGUGCAGAAAAACACGAAUCUCGAUGUAAAAUGCGACAAAUUGUCUGCGCAAAAUCGUUCGUUUGCCGACGAAAUUAAAUUGCUGAAAACGGACAUGGAACGUUGUCGCGAGGAAAUCGAAUCGCACAAAUUGCAAUUGCAAGAACAAAAGGAAAAGUGGCAGGAGAAGGACACCGAGUUCCGCAAGCUGUUGGACGAAAAUGUUCAGCUGCUCGAGGGAAUUGAGCGUAUCAAGAAGCAAUCGGACGAUGAUAUGCUGGGCUAUGCGAUGGAAAGUCAAAAACUAAUUGUCGAAUUGGAAACGGUGAAGCGUGAAAAAUCGAAAAUUAUUACGGAAUUGUGCCGUAAAGAGGAGUUGUUGAACGAGCUGCAAGAGGAGUUGGGCGGUAAAACGGUUGAAAUGGAUGCGGAACGGGAUGAAAUCAAGGAUUCAAUGAAUUUGGAAAUGAACGCUGUGGUCAAGAAGUACGAGCAACAAAUUGCCACAUUGAAAGAGGUGAAUGAGAUGAAAGUCAAGGAAAUUGAAUCGAUUGCCGUGUUGGAACAAGCCAAAAUGCUGAAGGACCACAAAGAAGCGUUGUGCAGUUUGAAAGAGGCCAGCGACAAAGAGCGUGAACGCAUCAAUGAAUUGGCCGAAGAAAAGAUUCGCAUUGCUGAGAUUCAGGCAGAGCAAAAACUCAACGGCAUGGAUGCAACCAUCGAUCAGUCCAUUCAACAGGAGAAGCAAAUUUGGCGAAUGGAAAUCGAAAAAUGCCAGAAAAUUGCCGAACGUGAAAUUAUGCAAUGCGAAUUUGAGAAACAAGACCUUAAAACCCUAUUGGAUUCGGCCAAUGACUUGAUCCGUGAAAAGGAUGAAAAGAUCGACGAAUUGCAGAAGCAAAUUCGGUUUGAAAUUGCCCAAUAUGUGAAAAGUCGCGAAGAAUUGGACGCCGAAAUGGAAGAAACGCAACGUGAAUGUACUCGCCUGUUGUCCGAUCGCUACAAUUAUCAAAUGGCAUUGAAAAACCAUCAGGCAACCAUGAAAAUUCUCAUGGAACGUCUCAAGAAAUCCGACAAAGACGUUGAAAUCCUGAAAGCUGAACUUGACACGGUCAUUGCAUCGAAAUUGGAUGUCGAAGCAAACAACUUGAAAUUGGUGGAAGAGGUGCAAAUGCUAUCAAUGGAAAUUGAUGAAUACCGCCAUGCUUUGACCGCUCUGCGCAAUUCAUCCGUCAAUCUGGAACGUGAGAUGCUCGAAAAGGAAUCGGUUUACGAGAAAAUCAUGAGCUCCGAGCAGGAAACACUCGAAACCGUCAACAAAAUUGGCAAACUAUUGAACGACAAAGUCGAAGAGAAUAUCAGCAAAUACGCCGAACUGUACAAUGACAUCAAGAAAAAGUACGAUGUUCGUGAGAAAUACAUUAAAGAUAUGAAAUCAUUGCUCGAAGAAUUUGCCACCGGCAUUGAAUUGGCUCGCUUGGAGUUGGACAUGAAGGAAAAACAAUUGCUCGAAUUACAAGAAGAGAACAAAAAUAUUAAGCUAGAAAUUAUGACGUACAAAUUCAAAUGCGAACAAUUUGAAAAGUAUGAACUUGAACAGCGCGUACCAAAUCCAUCGCCCGAACUUGUCAAUGAGCUCGAAAACGAUUGUGACAAAUUCCCAACGAUGGCCGCCGACGAUGCAAUGGUUUCCAAUCAACUCAUCGAAAAUAUCAUCGUUCAAUUGGAGAAAGAAGCCCAGAAUGAAUGCCUCAAAAAUGAAUUGAACACCGAAAUUUACAGUGACGAAGAUAAAAUUACCGCCGAGAAUAUGCAACUCAAAGAGAAACUCGUCGAGAAGAACCGACAAAUCGAAUUUCUGCAAGAAAUGGUCGAAAUUGAAAACGGACACGCCACCGAAAAUAUCUCACUCAGACGCAAGGUCAGUGAAUUGGAGCACAAAGUUCAGUACAUUGAACAAUUCGCAAAUGAAACUGUCGAAAAGUACCAGGAGAUAGCCAAUCAACAACAGAGCCGCCAACAAAUUGACGAACUCAAGGAGAAGAAUAAGCAACUGAAGAACAAAAUCAUGAAUUUGCAGGAUGCAAACAAGGAGAAUGAGACGACCAUAUCGGAGCUGAAGGACAAAAUUCAUUCUGGCAAUGAUCGUACUCCAUUGAAGAUGAAUCGUUCAUUUAGCAAUAUCACAUUGAAUACGCCACGCACACCGAAGACGCCAAAAACACCAGCCCUUGCCGGAAAAGAGAAUAACUCACCAGCAAUGGUUGUGUUGAGCCCACUGCGAGUGCGAAACAACUAAACAAAACCAUGCAAGCAAAAAAAAAGAGAAAAAACUUUUAAUUUAUGUCAACCAUACCGCUACAAUGCGCUCUGCGCUCAAUUUAACUUAUUCAAGGAUUUAAAAGAAAAAAAGACUAUUUAAGAGGCUAAACAUGUUUUGCAGUUUUGUGUUAAAUUCAAAUCCAAUUUUUUUCAGUAUAUUUAAAAAGCAGAAUAAUUUAUUUGACGCAUUUAAAAAAAGAGGAAGAUUAUUUAUGGCACAAAUUAAUUUUUUCUUUAAAUCAUUUCGUUGAAUUGUUACAUUUAUAUGCCGACUUACCACAAUUGUUGUCAAUUAGAGCUGCCCGCACACGGAAAUCAAGCUAAAUAUUAGGUCAAUUAAGGGACAAACAAAAUGUAGACUAAUUUCGGUGAAUGAAAACGAAAACCAUUGGGAAAAAUUAGCAUACUUACACAGGACCAUACAAAGAAUACAAAAUCCAUUUAUUUUAUUUUAUUUUCGUCUUAUCAGAAUAAAGUGGCCAACCAAAAAAAAAAAAACGAAACACAAAAGUAUAUUCGCACAAACGAAAACUCAACACACAAAAAAGAUGUUCGUUACUAAAUUUUCCAUUUUAUUUUUCAAUUAUUCUGAUUAAUUAUAAACAAUAAAAAUUAAUUUUAAAAUUACACAAAAAAAUAUACAUAUGGAGUUGUGUUUUAUUUGUUAUCUUCUGUUGUUUCUUGUUUUUUUUUUUCUAUUGA